AUGGAAAUAAUAUUUGGCAGAAAUAAGAAGGAGCAACUGGAGCCUGUGAGGGCCCGAGUAACAGGCAAGAUUCCAGCCUGGCUGCAGGGAACCCUGCUCCGCAAUGGGCCUGGGAUGCACACGGUGGGUGAGACCAGAUACAACCACUGGUUCGAUGGCCUGGCCUUGCUCCACAGCUUCACAAUCAGAAACGGCGAAGUCUACUACAGGAGCAAAUACCUGAGAAGUGAUACCUACACUGCCAAUAUCGAAGCAAACAGGAUUGUGGUGUCAGAAUUUGGAACAAUGGCCUAUCCAGACCCCUGCAAAAACAUAUUUUCCAAAGCUUUCUCCUACCUGUCCCACACCAUCCCCGAUUUCACAGACAACUGUCUGAUCAACAUCAUGAGGUGUGGAGAAGACUUCUACGCGACCACAGAGACCAAUUACAUCAGGAAAAUCAACCCCCAGACCCUGGAAACCCUGGAGAAGGUUGAUUAUCGUAAAUACAUGGCUGUAAAUCUGGCAACAUCACAUCCUCACUACGACGCUGCUGGAAACGUUCUCAAUGUUGGCACAUCCAUCGUGGACAAGGGGAAGACAAAAUAUGUGAUCUUUAAGAUCCCUGCCACACUCCCAGGGGGCAGGAAGGAGGGCCGGAGCCCCCUGAAGCACACGGAGGUCUUCUGCUCCAUCGCUGCCCGCUCCCUCCUCUCCCCGAGCUAUUACCACAGCUUCGGAGUCACUGAGAACUACAUCAUUUUCCUUGAGCAGCCUUUCAAGUUGGACAUCCUCAAGAUGGCCACGGCCUACAUUCGGGGCGUGAGCUGGGCUUCCUGCCUGGCCUUCCACGGGGAGGACAAGACUCACAUUCACAUCGUCGACCGAAGGACGCGGAAGCCUGUGCUGACCAAGUAUUACACGGACCCCAUGGUGGUGUUUCACCACGUCAACGCCUACGAAGAGGACGGCUGCCUCCUGUUCGACGUCAUCGCCUAUGAGGACGGCAGCCUCUACCAGCUCUUCUACUUGGCCAACCUGAACAAGGACUUCGAGGAGAACUCCAGGCUCACCUCCGUGCCCACCCUCAAGAGGUUCGCGCUGCCCCUCCAAGUGGACAAGAAUGCAGAAGUGGGCUCCAAUUUAAUCAAACUGUCGUCUACAACAGCGCGAGCCCUAAAGGAAAAAGAUGACCAAGUCUACUGUCAGCCGGAGUUGCUCUCCGAAGGCUUAGAACUGCCUCGGAUCAAUUAUGCCCACAAUGGGAAGCCAUACCGCUAUGUCUUUGCUGCUGGAGUCCAGUGGAGCCCCAUCCCAACCAAGAUAAUAAAAUAUGACAUUCUCACGAAGUCCUCCGUGGAGUGGGGAGAGGCACACAGCUGGCCGGCGGAGCCCUUGUUCGUGCCCACGCCGGGGGCCAAGGACGAGGAUGACGGGAUUAUCUUAUCAGCCAUUGUCUCUACCGAUCCUCAGAAGUCGCCUUUUCUGCUGGUUCUCGAUGCCAGAACUUUUACGGAAUUGGCCCGUGCGUCCGUCGAUGUGGAGAUGCACCUGGAUAUCCACGGGCUGUUCAUCCCAGACGCAGGCUGGGACCUGGGGAAGCAGGCCCCUUCCCAGGAGGAGCCGGCCCCACAGACCUGA